UUUACUUCUAAUUCAUCACAACACCGCCUCCUUUUUACUCAGCCAUCCACAAUGUCCGCCGCACCAUCCAUACAACCAAAGUUCCUGCCCAGCCGCCAGGAUGUCGGUGUCGUUGCAGUCGGUUUCAGCGGUGGCCAGGUAAGAAUCCAACAUUGAAUGCAUUCUGACUUAGUGCCUAAAAUUUGAAUCAGCCUAAAGCAGGUGUUGAUGCUGCGCCUAUGGCCCUCAUUGAAGCCGGUCUGAUCAAAGAGCUGGAAGGAGACCUGGACCUCAAGGUCACUUUCGACGGACAGGUGCACAACUACGCCGAGAUGCUGCCAGCAGACGACCCAGACUACCGUGGCAUGAAGCGACCAAAAUUCGUCAGCGCCGUCACAAAGGAAGUUAGCGGUCAAGUGUACAACUACGCAAAGACCGGCAAGCUCGUCCUGACCCUCGGUGGUGACCACUCCAUCGCUAUGGGUACCAUUUCCGGCACAGCAAAGGCUAUGCGCGAGAGGCUCGGGCGAGAGAUCGCCGUCAUCUGGGUCGAUGCCCACGCUGACAUCAACACCCCUGAGACAUCAGACAGCGGCAACAUCCACGGAAUGCCCGUUUCCUUCCUCACAGGUCUUGCCACAGAAACACGUGAAGACUGCUUUGGGUGGCUUAAGGCAGAGCACAUGCUCAGCACCAAGAAGCUUGUCUACAUCGGUCUCCGUGACAUCGACCGCGGCGAGAAGAAGAUCCUAAGAGAGCACGGCAUCAAGGCAUUCUCGAUGCACGACGUUGACAGGCACGGCAUCGGUAAGGUCAUGGAUAUGGCAUUGGCCUGGAUCGGCAGCGACACACCCAUCCACCUGUCCUUCGACAUCGACGCACUUGACCCCAUGUGGGCACCCAGCACAGGCACCGCUGUUCGUGGUGGGUUGACGCUACGUGAGGGAGACUUCAUCGCCGAGUGUGUCGCAGAGACUGGUUCUCUGAUCGCGCUCGACCUUGUUGAGGUCAACCCCAGCCUUGACGAGGUAGGCGCUAGCGAUACCAUCCGUGCUGGCAACUCUAUCAUUCGUUGCGCUCUUGGAGAUACCCUUUUGUAAGAUGUCAAGCGACGAGCAGUGUCGUUGUAGUUGACUCUAGUCCUGCGAAGCCAUUUCUAGAUGUAUACCACGAGGUUGGGUGGCAGUUUUACGGAUUUCUAGACGUGUAAAGCAAUGUAGAUCUUACAGGUACUCACCAUAUUUGCCAGUGCAUCCCCCCGUGGACUGUGGCCAACAUUUUCAUGAACGAGAAACAGAUUGUAGCCUGCAAU